CUCUUAUGUAUUCAUAAUAGCAAACUUGUUGUUUGUAUCGUUUUAUCCCAAUUGGUUAAGUUAACUUUCAAACGUAACAAAAUCUAAUUUAUUAUGUCUACUACGCAUAGAGAAGCAAUUCAAAAACAAAUUCAACAAGAUUGGGCAAAUCGAGAAUAUAUAGAAGUGAUUACAGGCAGUAUUAAAAAAAUUACUGAUUUUCUUAAUUCCUUUGACAUGUCUUGUAGGUCUCGUUUGGCCGUUUUAAAUGAGAAAUUAACAACUUUAGAGCGUCGAAUUGAAUAUCUUGAAGCCUGCGUAACCAAAGGAGAGACAUUAACUUAAAUAAUUUA